AUGGAGAUUGAAAGAGAAGAAGGUGAAAUGAGUGAUAGUGAAAUGCUCACUGAAGAUUUAGUCGAACCUACUUUAAUAAAUGAAGUUAAACAUACGGUGUUAUACAAAAGGGACAAGAAUGGAUUCGUGGUUGAGCAACUUGAAAAGGUAGACGCGUCUAAAAUCGAGGAAAGAGCUAAACGAUUUGGUGUUAGCCUUACAGGGAAUAGAAUAAUUACACAGAAACAAAUUGAUGAAUUAUAUCAAAAUUUUGGAAUAAAGGAUGUUAAUGAAAGGCAUUUUCGAUUUGACACUCUACAUUUGAAUGGAAUUGAUGGACUCUCUACAAAGGAGAUAUUUGAGUAUCUUGAAGAUUAUAAGCCAGUGGCUAUCGAAUGGAUAGAUGACAAUUCAUGUAAUAUUGUUUGCCAAGAUCACAUAUCUGUUGCUUUGGCUCUAUUACUUCAUUCACGCGAAAUAAAUGAUGACAAUUUAAAAGAUAUGCUUCUCAAAAAAUCUUCUUAUCAUUGGCGGGAAGGCAUACCGCAUUCUAAUACAGAACUCAUUUUAAUGAGAUUUGCUACAAAUAGUGAUAAGAAAGUUACCAAGCUCAAAUUGGAAACCAAAAAUAUUAAAGAUUUCGAUAAAAAUGUCAACUUAGAUACCAAAAACCCUUGGGGUGAUUUAUGUAGAUCCUGGGGAGUAUAUGACCAUCAAGAAAUAUUUCGACGUAAAUUACCACAAGAUGACGAUGACGAUGAUAAAGCUGACUUCAGUAACAAGGUACAAAUAAGAAAUAAACAACUAGCAAUGCGCCUUGGAAAGAGAAAUCUCAAAGUUAAAGAUCAUGACGAUAGUUCAUCAGAUUCAGAUUGGAAAAAAAAAUCUAAAGCACCGAGAAUGAGAAUGCAUGCAGAUGAUGAAGAAUGCAAGCAAAAAAAGCCACCUAUUGAAAGCAGUGAUGAGGAAAGUUCAUAUGCUCCUCUGUCAAUUGAAGUUUUAAAUACUCAAAGUGCUUAUACACCACGUAAAACAUCGAAACUAUCUGAGAAGUUUGAAAGUAACGCUAGAUCCGCUAAUAACACCGAAAAAAAGAGUAUACAAUCUCGAUUAGGUGCAAAAGUAGUACCAGUUCGAGAUGCUUGCUCAAGUGAUGAAUCAAUGUCAGAUAAUUCAGAUUUUAAUAUGAUGAGUAGAGUUCAGAAAGUAAAUAAAAAUAAUCCAAGAAACACUGCAAGUGUGUGGUCUAGACUAGACAUAAAAUCUAAUAAUCAAAAUGAACAGAAUGAUUUACGACAAAUAUUGAAAUCAAAAAAACAGAAAAAACCAGACGACUUACGAAGUGUAAUAAGCAGAACCAAACAAUCUAAUUUAAGAAUUGAAGUAGACAAUAAUUAUGUGAAUAAAUAA